AUGAAUUGGGCCAAAGAUUUGAUUGACUUUUUAAAUUUUAUUUCUGGAAUUCUAUUUACCUCAAUUACAAUGAAAAAAACACAUAAAAUAUUGAAGAAAAAGAAGAAAAAAAACAAUGGAUAUACUUAUAUUAUAAUGAGUCAUUCUAUUUUUGGACUUAUAUCUUCUAUUUUUCAAUUUAUUUUUAAAUUUCAUCUUAUUAUCUUUGAAGGUGAAAUUAUUAUUAUAAUAGAUUUUUUUGAUGAAACUUUAUUUAAUCAAAAUGUAAAUCGUUUUUUUAUUUCUUUCUAUACAUUUUUAUGCUAUUCAAAUAUUGCAUUUCCAACUGCUAUUGUAUUUGCAUCAUAUACUAUUAUGUGCCGUAAUAUACCAUUAUCAAAAGAAAAAACAUUAACAAUCAUAUUAUAUGUUAUUUUAGCAGGAAUCAUAACUUGUAUACCAGUAUUUAUUAUGUUUAAAAAUGAACUCUCAUCAUAUGUAUGGAUUAAAUAUGUUGAAUUAAGAAAUUAUCAAACAUUACUAGUGUCAAAAUCAUCUAGAGCUAUUUCAUGUAAAGCUACAUCUCCACUAGUUCAUUUAUUAUUUUACUCAUAUGCAUCAUAUUUUUCAAUUAAUAUAGCAAUGAUAUUUUGUCUUUAUUAUAAAUAUCUAUCAUAUAUGAAACAAUGGAAUUUAAUAAUGUCAAAUCAUACAAGACAUAUGUAUAUUGAUUUUACAAGAUUAUUAACUUUUCAAGCAUUUUUUCCAGUAAUUCUAAUAUUAAUUCCAAUAAUAUUUCUUUAUAUUGGUGUAACAUUUGGAUUUUAUCAAGAAGUAGAAAUGUAUGGUACAAAAGUAUAUCAAUUAAUAAGUAGUAUUUCAACUGUUAACUCAAUGUUAUUUUUAAUUUUACCAAAUAAAAAUAGACGUGAAAUAAAAAUUUUUUUUAAAAAAAGUUAUUCAAGAAUAGCUGCUAUUAUAUAA